AUGGAAGGGGAAGAACAAGUUUUUCGUGACUAUUACGGAAAGAAUUACGAAAAGGUUCGAAAAGCUUAUCCGAUAGAAAUUCAGAAACUCAAAACUAAUUUUCUUCAAAAAUAUCCCAACGCUACAUUAUGCAGGUUUGAAUUCAGCGUGACGUUUGUUAAAGAUGGAACGUUAAGUUCGACCGAAAUUUCUUACAAAGUGGACGAAUUCACCAGUUACGAUAUAACGUCCGAAACAUUUUUAGGAAAUCCGAAAUGGACCAAAUAUUUAUAUUGGAAAGAUGGAUGGCGAAAUGUUAAAUCCGAUAUGAUAUUCCGUCCGAAUCCUGACUUUGCCGUAAAUUUUCACACGUUUAAAAUCUACGUCUCGGAAACAGAUUCUUUUCCCGUGGAUUUAGAAUAUACGACACCCGAGUACACGGGAACGGGAAAUUUUGUAAAUUUAAUCCCGUUCGACUAUCAUCAAAAUUCUUAUUUUCGAUCGCUGGCAGCCUGUUACAUCGCGACAUUUAAAUCUGGAAUUUCCGAAAACCAUUUGAAUAAUACCUUGCCCGAUUCCCAUCUGAUCACCUCCAUCGUGAAAUUUCACGUUCAUUAUCAGAUGGAAAAAUUCAUGAAAGAUUCAAGAUUAAUGGAUCAUUAUUUGAACGAAGACGAUCUUUACAUUUUAGGAAAAUACAUGCCGACGACGGAAACGUGGGAACGUCGAACGUUAUCUUCGCAUGCCAAUCUUGGAACGUGGUAUUAUGGAUUACCUGCCGAUACGCGACGAAGAAUUCGGAAUCAUCAUUACGUUCGAACGCGUUACGGUGGAACGUAUAUCGUGUACGAAUACUUAACGAAAAGACUUCCGAAAAAUAUCUUGGAAGAUUAUAAAAUAUUCAUUCCAAAAACAUCGCGCGGAUUAACGAAGAUCGGACAACGGUUAUUUCAACAGAGUCUCGAAGUUUACGUCUACGCCGUUCUCGGAGCACAAGCCAAAACCCGUUGGAGUAUCACGGGACAAGGUGCAAAAAGUUUACAGACUCAAGAUGUAUUCCGAAAAGUUUUAAAAGACAGUAUCAUUCAAAAUGAUAUCACGACGAUCAUUCGAAACAUGCGUACGGCGAUCGCAGAUACAAACGUCGUCUUAAAUUUCGCCAUCAUGCCCGGUCUGAUUCUCAUUCCAUCCGACAUGCGGAUUUUACAAAAACCUUUGAAAGGUUACAAUAAUAUUUUAACGUUGGCAAAAAGUGGCAUGACGUUUGGAAAAAAUGACGAGGUGAAUUUUACAAAGUCUCCUGUAAAACAUUCGGUAACAAGUCCCGUGAAAAAUCCAACAAGUCCCGUGAAAAAUCCUGUGAAAACUUCGGCAAGUCCCGUGAAAACUUCAACAAGUCCCACGAGAGAUUUCACAAAAAAUCCAUCCACUUUGAAAAUUUUAGCCGUUGCAUCGAUGGGAGUUGCUUAUUUUCUAUUUAAAUAAAUGAGUAUAUUAAUGGGAUACAACUACUUUGACGAAUCCGAAGAUUUGAAGAAAAAAGUGACGGAGAUCGAAAAGACACAGCAGGUGAAUACGGCCGAGAUCGUAAAAAAUGUGAGUGCGGUCGGUGAACUAAACGAUCUUGGAAAAAAUUACGUUCAGUACGACGUUCCACAAAUGAUCGGUGUUCCUGGGUUUUACGAAACCGGUACAUUUUCUGUGACCGAUCGGAAAAAUGCAAAAUUCAUCACUUUCGGUGUUGGUGGAUUCGAAAUAAAUUCCAGGGCUUAUUCAUCCUUUUAUGGAUUUUACGACGGAAGUGGCGGUAACGUCGUUAUAAAUGCAGUAACACAGCGGAGCACGCUCGUUCGUGCGACGUUUACGUUUGCAUACGGAAGUAAUAAAAUAUUAAUAAUCGGUCUGGAAUUUAAAAAUAUAAGUUCGACGGGAAGGGUAUCCAACCGGAUGGAAGCAACAGAUUUAAAAUGUUUUCUCGUUACGACUUAG